AUGGUGGUGAUAGCGCUACCGGCCUGUACGAGCUUGGACAAGCUUCGCGACGAUGCGCGCGGGGUGAGCUUUCAUCCAUGUCCCGGGCAGAUCGUGGCACAAACUAGGUUGGCGGCGGUCGAUAUUGCGCCCGACUCGCCCAUUGCCCAGCAGAUCUGGGACACCCAUCCCACCCCCGACGCAUACUGGAUCGCACAGCUUCCAGUGCCUCCGCAACUUGCGCCUCCGCAACUUCCACCGCUCCCCGUCAUGCCGCCUCCGCGCAUGAUCAAAUACGUCAGAUCCUUCGAUGCUACGCUCGACGACGAUCUCUUGCCCCUCCCCUAG